CAGCGCUUGCUGUGUAGUUUCCAAGGAGACCUACGAGAGAGGACGGUGCCCAGUAGCGCUUCGCAGAGGAUAGACAAGUAGCCUACUCCUCAUACAAAGUGUUAAGUUACCGAGCGUAACUCACAAAGGGUGAGACAGAAAGAGAUAGCGCAUCGUAUAAAUGGCAGAGUGAAAGAAGUACAGAAAAGCAUUGAUGAAUAGGCUAGACGUCAGCGAACGCAGGAGCGUGCGCGGGGCUUUGUGAAACGUCGCGAAACACAUAAGGUUGGACAGAAAGGCUGUUGACUCCAGAUCCUGCGUUGAGAGUGGUCGGUCGGCUACAGAUUCCCUGAGCACGUUUGAAAGCGGACUGAAAAGUAAACGUCGGAUAGUAAUACAUCUCCUGCGCUCGAGGGCACAACAGUCUGGAUUUGUUGAUGGUGUGUCUGGCUAGCGGAAGGUUGCGGGCAGCAGACGCUACACAUCUGGGGCACCGGCGGUGAACGGGAGAGCUACGGGAGACGGAGAAGUAGAGGUGUUCGGAGACUUGAUUACAAUGGGGGCUUCGGUCCCAGUUCCCCUCCCAGCAGCCUCGGUCGGUGCGGUCCAUCAACAGCAGCAGCAGUGCGCGUCAUGCCUGAUGUGAAGGCGUCCACCGCGCCAUGUGACCUCCCCCCCGCCGCCACCCCUUCUCCGGGCUACAGCAUGGACCUGGAGCGCUGCCUCCCCGACCUGCAGGCCUUCCCCCAUCACCACCACCACCACCACCACCACCCAGGGUCCCCCCACGCACACGUGCCCUACCCCAGCCUCGAGGCCCCCUCCCUGGGCCAGUGUCCCCCCAGUAGCCUCCUAGGCAGCCUGGGCCUGCGGUACUGUUCUUCAAGCAGCAUGGGGCCUUCUUCUCCCAGGCACACCACCGGGGGCAGUGGCACCCCACCCAGCCCCAGGGCCAAGCAGCAGCAGCAGGCUUUCAGGGCCUAUGUGAACAACACCAGUAGCAGUGGUAGCGGUAGCAGCAGGCUGUACCGUAGCAUGGAGAACCUGAACUGGGCCGUGUCUGACCCCAGCCUUUAUGGCGUGCCGUACCGCAGCGUGGACAGUGAGUUCAUCCUGCACUGCACGUCCACCACGAGCCACUGGUAUGACGGCGGCCAGGCCGAGGACGACGACGACGGUGGCGAUGACGGCGGGCAGUUUCACGCGGGCUGCUCUCCGCCGAACCCAGAGAGCCUGGCGUUCUACCCGCGGCGUGCGCUGACGCGCCGAGACCUGCCGCAGCUCUUCCCGCCGUGGAUGUUCCCGCCGGCCGGCGCCCUGGAGGAGUGGGCGGCCAACGGGAGCGCGCGCAAAGGCCUGCGCGACAAACUGCGCCUGCAGAGCGCCCGCGCCGCCGAGCCGCUGAAGCCGCUUCGGCCUCAAGUGGCCCCCGGAAAUGGAGUCCCCGUCACGGUCACGGCGUCCACGUACGCACCCGCCUGGGGCUGGGCCGGGGAGAAGGAGGCGGGGUCCCGCGCGCUGAGCGCCCGACGCAUCACCAGCCCCGAGGAGAUCAAACAGGAAGUGCUCCGGCGGCUGCAGCUGCGCAGGCAGAACAGCAGCCCCAACCUGGCGAUGCACGUGACUCCCCCCGCCGCCCCUCCGCAGGACCCCCAGAACGGGAACAUGAGCCGCUCGUUCACCUCCGAGCCACGAGGGGGCAUUGUUGGUGGUGGUGGAGGGUCGAGUCACUCCACUCCCGAGCGCAAGAGACCCCCCAUGGGGCGCCUUCACAUCCCCACGUUCGAGGAGUUCAAGAGGAUGCGGCAGAAGGAGAGUGGACACGGUCAGCCAGUCACCGCAACAGCACCCUCCUCUGGCCAAAAUGGGAACUACAGCCAGAGUGAGAGGAACAGCUGUGCACAGAGUGGACAAGGCACCAGUGAUGAGCAGGACGGGCGACACAGCAGUCACCAGGACAUGGACACGGAUCAAGACAAUGAAGACCGAGACAAAGACAAAGACGCCGAACAGACAAUCACAGAGACUAAGCAAACAGACACUGUCUGUGAUCCAAAUGCUCAAACACAAAACCAAACCCAAGGUCCGGUUCUGAAACAUACACAUGAGAACAUUCACGUCCAGUCUCAGUCCCAGAACCAGAGCCAAGACCAAAUCCCAAAUCAGACUCUGGAGCGCCCCCUAGAGGCCCCUUCUAACCCCAGCUUGGCUCCAUCAGCCCUAAUCUCCACCACCUCCUCCACCACCUCACUCUCAACUACAACUGCCCCCAUCUGUACCGGCCCCGCACCACGCUCCCCACUGCCCUCCACAUCUGCCCCUCCAUCUGCCCACGGCAGUGACAAUAACAGCAACAACAGCAGCAGCAGCAGGCGGCGGUGGUGGUGGUGGUGGCGGUGGUGCCGAUGGGGCAACAAACCCUCUGCCUGCACCUCCUCCUCCUCCUCCUCCGGGUCGGAGGUGGUAGAGGGGCCGCUGGGCCCGUUCCCGCCGCGUAAGGAGAGUGGCGAAGCCCCGUCCAGCUGCUGCCCCGCCCUGCUGCUCGAGGGGGCCGACCUGUCCAGCUACGGCGCCAAGAUCUACAGCAUGAGGGACGGCCUGCUGGGCUCUGCACUGGACCUCAUCAAGAAGAGCUGCAGUGCAGAGAUUGCCGUGGAGGCCUCCGUCAGGUUGUCACGUGAGCGGAAUGAAAACGAGCACGACGCCGGCGUCGGAGGAGGAGGAGGAGGAGGCGACGUCGCCGCUGGAGAGGAAGACGGCGAGAAGCACGUCGCCACGGUCGCCGUAGCCGCUGCUGACAACAGCGCCCCGCCCCCUCCGCCGGCCCAGCGCCGUCAAUCUGCCGGCGUUGCCAUGGUGACGCCGGCCUGCAGAGCCGGGGCUGGCGGUGGCGACGGUGGUGCGGAGGCAGCCGCAGGACCAGAAGCAGAGAGGGAGGAAGGAGGAGGAGGAGGAGGAGGAAGGCAAGAGAGAGACGGAGACAGAGACGGAGACGGAGAAGAGGAGACAUCAGAAUGCCUCUCUGGACCGGGCUGCCGGCGCUCCAGCUCGGACGCGGCCUAUGAGCCUGCGGAGGCGGUGAGGGCCCAGCGCGAGUGCCGCCUGCGGCCCCACUUCAGCGACCCCAUGCCCGCCGACGCUGCCAAGCGCAAGCAGCUGGAGAUGAAGAUCGCUGCCGCCGCCAGGCUGCACAGCCACCGCCGCGAGAGGGACGGCUCCAUCCUCACUAGAGGGCGCUCUGAGCCGCGGGGCGAGACGGGCCUCUGCGGGGGCCGUCGCACGGGCGGGGGGCAGCACCGCUGGAGCACGGUGAGCAGCCUGAGCGCCGACAGCGGCGUGGUGGGCCUGAGCGACGAGCGCGAGGACGAGGACGAGCCGCGGCAGCGGGCCCAGCGGCACAGCGCCGGUGCCGAGGUGGAGCGCACCGACAGCGGCAUCGGGCCGGGCCUGGCCCGCAGCUGGAAGAGGCCCUCGGCCGCACUGAGGGCCUGGGAGGCCCGGCGUCCCUGCCCCGACUGCGGGAAGAGGGAGCUGGGGAACACCGACAGCGGAGGUGGGGGGUGUGGAGGCGGUGGUGGCAAUGGUGGAGGAGUUGAUGGCAGCGACGAGUCGAGCGUUCGAGAGGAAGCCAUGUGCGAGCGGUGCUCGAAGCUUCGCACCGAACGCAAGGAAGCCAUCUUGGAGUUCCUCAACACGGAGGCCAGCUACGGCGAGGACCUUCGCAUCAUCAAGGAGGAGUUCUACUGCCCCAUGCAGAGCGCUGGACUGCUCACAUCCGAACAGCUGACCGUCGUGUUCGGGAACGUUCAGGAGCUCAUCGACGUCAACGAGCGAUUCACCGAGCACCUGCAGGAGAGUAUCGACCAGGCCUUUGACCAGGGCGACGAGGACCUGCUGUCUGUGUGCAUCGGCGAGAUCUUCCUGGAGUUUGUCAACAUGCUGCCGGCCUUCCAGACCUACUGCCUGCAGCAAUCGGCCUCCGUCAACAUGCUCAACACCCUGGAGAAGGAGAAGGAGCUGCUCAGGAUUUUCCUGGAUGUCUCCCAGAACGACAACACAGCCCUGCGGCGCAUGAACCUGCGCUCCUUCUUGAUGGCCCCGCUGCAGCGCGUCACCAAGUACCCGCUCCUUCUCAGCCGCAUCAGCAAGGCCACCACCGACUGCCACCCGGACCAUGCGCGCCUGCGUGAGGCCAAGAGCCGCGUGGAGUCGCACCUGGAGCACAUCAACAUGAAGACGCGGCAGGAGGGCCUGGGCGGCACAGCCACGUGGUCGCUCCGCUCGUUCCGCCGCGAGAGCCGCAAAAACCGCGAGGUCAUCAACAUAGAGAUGCGGGAGGUGUCACUACGAACAGUUGGGUGGGCACGUGAGAGCACACGCUUUGUCAUGGAGGGGCCCCUGCAGCUGUCCCAACCCACUGACGGCCAGUGGGCCAAGAAGGGCAGUAAGGCACUCAAGUUCCAGAAUGUGCAGAGCCUGCUCAUGGUGCACACCCAGAAGAGCCCAGAAGUGGGUGAAGGUGGCGGAGGGGGCCAGAAACCAGCAGGGGGCGAACAAGAGCAAGGUGGAGAGAUGGUGCGAGAUGGUGUGCUCGUGCUCAUCAAGGACAAGAGCAGCGGGAAGUUCACCGUCCUCCGAGAGCCCAUCCGCUUGGCGAACUGCGUCGUGUCGGCUGACCCAGACUGUGACGACACCUUUGAGGUGUUGGACAUAAGGCGUGAGGCAUUCGUGUUUAGAGCUUCCGACAGGGCACGUACACAGCAGUGGUAUCGCUUGAUCAAAAGGUACGCGUGUGACCUGGGGCCGUGGAGAAAACGGCGCAACGCGCUGCCCAAUAUCAUGAUCAACACAAUCCAGAGCAGGUCCUGAGACUGCACCCUGUGGAACUCCUCACUCCCUCGGCCAGCUGGAUACUGGUGUAAAUAAAGUCAAUUAUUCUUGCCUCUUGCAGACAGUGUUACUAAAAUGGAUGAGGAUGAAAGGUUUUCUUUUCUGCAUUCCAUUCCUAAUAGACGUGUAAAAAAAGACGUUUCAUUGACAUUUGUAAAAUAAUUUAAUAGUGAUCUGAUGGUUGAAGAAUGCACUUUUUUCUACUGACUUGAGGGGGAUUUUAAAGAACACUUUGACAAAAAAAAACAUGAAGGUUGAAUGCAGAGCCAGAAGGCAGACCAAAUGAAGGAUUCCCGGAAUACUACCGGCUAGUGAUUGUAAAAGUUGUUUGCUACUGAGAGAGAGAGGAGGGGAAAUUGCAUUUAAGUGCUGACAUUCACAGUGUCAUUUAAGUGCUGACAUUCACAGUGUCAUUCACAGUGCAACAAGCAUGGCUGAAAAAAAAGUUUGCUACAAAAGAAAGAAACUCUGGUGAUAGUAGAUAGCAAUGCACAAAUCAGUCAACACUACUAUUAAACAUCCCAAAUCCAUACUGAUCAAGAUUUUCAGUGAAGAAAAACAGUUGGAAAGUGGAAAAAGACAAUAAAAAUAUGUUUUCUUUUUUGUGACCAAGGCAAGUCACUGGUAAGCUACUGCCCUUGUCCUGAAAAGUCCCUGGAUUCAUUAGCACUGUCCACUGCCAGUGGUAAUCAGGUCUAACCUGCUCCUUUCACUGUGCCAGAAACUCCAUCGCUCAACAGCAAUAAUUUAUGGCAGACAGUCAUACACUUGUAGCAAAGUAAUAUAGCCUAUUCAUUACACACAAAAGGUCAUCAUUUCUGAUAAAUGUCACCAGUGAUGAAAACAAGGAGUUACAAUAACAUGCUGUUGUUUUUGUUUGUUUGUUUGUUUUUACUCUUUUGUCGAGUUGGACUUGGUUAACUCAGUACUGGUUCUGGAUUUGUUUGGAUUACAUUUGUGUGUCAGAGUAACCGAGGCUGUAAAGACCCAAAAGGCCACGGGGCCUUGUGGGUUGCAGGACCAGGGUACAGCAGUAGCUGGAAGCAGGAAGAUAAAGGUUUUGAAAAUCUAACCUGACCUUUUCAGAAAAUGUCCCUGCGUCAAGACAUCACUGAUUAAGAAAAGGGUGUGAACUUUUGUGCCUUGGGUUUACAGUUUAAAAACAAGGAGAAUCUGUUUCAGUCCUGCUCACACACAGGUCCAAUUUUAUCACUGAAAAUUGUAAAAGUUCGUCAGGCAAGGGCUGCAAAAUAGCCUCAAGAUAACUAAGAAAAAUGCAGCACCUCAAACUGCAGUCCCACCCAUUUUAUUGUUUUUUUCCCCUUGGAUAUUUGAGGUUCCUCGCUUCUGUUCAAUGCACUUUAAAACUGAAAGCUCUGCAAAUUUGUAUGUGAAUGAAGGACAUUAUUUUAUGUGGCUUUAUCUCUUAUUCAUGAAAAAAGCUUUACUUCGCCAUUGUGGUGUUUUAUUUUACAGAUACUUUUUUGAAUAGCAAGACUAAAUGAAAACCACAGUAGGAGACUGUAGCAGAUCAGGCCAUAUUUCCUCUACCACAUACCAGACCCAUUAUUGUUCUAUUUCGCCUGUAGUAUGUUUGAUUUCACACAAGCACACAGGGAUGUGGGUGAUCACGGUUUGGUUUCUGGACAGACGAGCUGAAAGGGGCAUUGGGAUUAAUGCCAAGUACUGUGCAUCUCUUUUCUAAUGGCAUCACUACUGUUAGAAUCUUUCAAGGCUUCCAUAGUCAUUGUAGAAAAACAGAAAAAUAAACUAAAAGGUCACUGGAAAUCCGUGAGACAGUGGGCUAUCAAAUGAGACCUGUUGAAACUGUUAAAUGCUUUCUUUCCACUAUUUUAAAAUCCUUAAUUUAAUAUUUCUUUUGUGUAAUAUAUUGUGGAAUUAUAUUAAAAAUACAAUUCAAACAUG